AUGAAAUCAGCUGUUUUGUUAGUAACUGAAAAGAGUAAAAGUAUAAGAGCUGUAGCUACUGAGUAUGGAAUCGACCAAAAAACUUUAGGCAGAUAUGUAGAUAAAUAUAAAAAAUCAGAAGAUGGCAAAAUAGAAUUUAAGGCAAACCAUGUUUCUUGCCAGGUGUUUUCCAAUGAAGAAGAGCAUGUGCUUAAAGCCUAUUUACUGCAUGCUUCAAAGUUAAAUUAUGGUUUAACUUCAAAAGCAACGCGAAACUUAGCUUACCAACAUGCUGUUGCUAAUAAUAAAGUAAUUCCUGAAAAUUGGACUUUAAGCAAAACUGAAAGUUAUAAUUGGUUGAAGUUUUUUUUUCACAGGCAUGCAAAUUUAUCAUUACGUCAGCCUGAAUCAACAAGUUUGUCCAGAGCCACUGCUUUCAAUAAAACAACCGUCAGAGAGUUUUUCAAUAAUUUGCUCUGCAUCUUAGAAAAAAAGAAAUUUGGCUCAGAAGCAAUUUUCAAUGUUGAUGUGACUGGAAUCACGACAGUACACAAACCACGAAAAAUUAUUGCAAUGAAAGGGGAGAAGCAAGUGUCUCAAGUCACCUCUGCAGAACGUGGAACUUUAGUCACAAUGUGCUGUGGUAUCUCUUCAAUUGGAACAUCGAUUCCACCAUUUUUAGUAUUUCCACGAGUUCAUGUAAAAGAAAUAAUGACAAGGGGUGGGCCUCUAGGAAUGCAAGCUGCAGCUCAUCCGAGUGGAUGGAUGACAGCAGAGAACUUUCAAUUAUACCUUCAUCAUUUCAUAAAAUUUANAAAUUUAGUAAAUGCAGCAAAGAUAACGAGGUAUUGA